AUGAAGGAGGAGGUGGAUAAGCUGAGCACCAUUAGAUUCAUCAAGGAUGUGGACUAUCCCACCUGGCUAGCCAAUGUGGUAAUGGUACAUAAACCAAGGAAGGGUUGGCGCAUGUGCGUGGACUACACCAAUCUCAAUCGGGCCUGCCCGAAGGAUAGUUUCCCCCUACCCCGCAUUGACCAGCUAGUUGACGCCACAGCUGGCCACACCCUCCUCAGCUUCAUAGAUGCUCACUCAGGGUACAAUCAGAUCUUCAUGCACCCUGAGGACCAAGGCCAUACAUCCUUCAUCACUGAUCGUGGCCUUUACUGCUACAAAGUCAUGUCAUUCGGCCUCAAGAAUGCCAGGGUUACGUAUCAGCGUCUGGUGAACAGCAUCUUCACUCCACUAAUUGGCAACACCAUGGAGGUUUAUGUUGGGGACUGGGUCAUGCGCAAGGUUUCCUUGGCCACCAAGAAUCCGACUGAAGGUACCUUAGGCCCUACGUGGGAAGGUCCUUAUGAGGUUACCAAAGUCUGCCGACCCGGCGCGUAUCAUCUUCGCGAUCCCAAGGGCAAAACCUUGCCACAUCUUUGA